CAACUGUAUCCAUCAAUGCAACCUCUCCUUCUCUUGGAUACUAGGAACCCCUCCCCAAAAAACAGUCAUAUAAUUUCUCUUCUCAUUUGGGUCACGUAUUUCCAUUUCUCUCUCCCACCACUGCAUGCGAUUCUCAUUCUACUCUCUCUCUCUCUCGGUUUCAUAUGGCGCUUUUCAGCCAGCAAUGUGGGCUCUAAGAGUAAACCCUCUGGUGGGUUUUCUCGAAUUUUGACUAAUAAUUGAGUUCUACAGCUUUGUAGUAACCGACAAGUAAAGGAUACACGUAUAUGAUAUUGUUCAUUCUUAUCCCAAUUUGAGUUCAGAACAAUAAAAUAGAAAAUUUGAGUGGAGAUCAAAGAACAAGUUUGGUUUAGGUGAGAAUCUGCCAAUAAAAUCACUUGGGAAGAUUUGGGAGAUGAAUAUUGUGAUUUAAGUUAAGGAGUUUAAGUGUUUGAUAUAUUGGGGAAACAAAACCAACAUCAGAAUUAGAGGUGGGUUGUUAUUGAAAUCUGAUUUAAUUAGUUGAGAAGAUUUCAAGCCUUGUGAGGUUGAAAGGUGCAAAACCCAUAUAAAGAAUCGGGAGAUAUAUAGUUUUCGAUUUCUGUACUUCUGAGAAAAAGUAAGCCUUGUGAGAUAUAGGGAGUACACAAUUUAUACAAAAAUACGAGGUGGGUAUUAAGAAGAAGAUGGUUGCUGGAAGUAUUGAGGUGAUGCAUGCUCAUACCUGCGUAAAUGGGGUACAAAACCAUAAUGGCGUGGAGGAGAAGCUCGAUGAACUCCGACGAGUUCUUGGUAAAGCCGAGGGUGAUUUGUUAAGGAUCGUGGGUGUUGGAGCUGGGGCUUGGGGCAGUGUUUUCGCAGCCUUACUUCAAGACGGGUAUGGUCAAUUUCGCGAUAAGAUUCAAAUCCGAAUAUGGAGGCGACCCGGGAGAGCUGUGGAUAGAUCCACAGCAGAACACCUCUUUGAAGUGAUCAAUUCAAGAGAAGAUGUGCUGAGAAGGUUGAUUAGGCGAUGCGCGUAUUUGAAGUACGUGGAAGCGCGAUUGGGUGAACGGACACUUUAUGCAGAUGAGAUAUUGAAAGAUGGGUUUUGUUUGAACAUGAUCGACACGCCGCUUUGUCCUUUGAAAGUUGUGACUAAUUUGCAGGAGGCGGUUUGGGAUGCCGACAUUGUUGUGAAUGGGUUGCCUUCAACGGAGACGCGAGAGGUGUUCGAAGAGAUCAGUAAGUAUUGGAAAGAGAGGAUCAGUGUGCCCAUUAUUCUCUCUUUGGCAAAGGGCAUAGAGGCUGCAUUGGAAACUGUUCCUCACAUAAUUACGCCAACACAAAUGAUAAAUCGAGCAACGGGAGUACCAUUAGACAACAUUCUUUAUCUGGGUGGACCAAAUAUUGCCUCAGAGAUUUACAACAAGGAGUAUGCUAAUGCUCGAAUUUGUGGCGCUGAGAAGUGGAGGAAGCCACUUGCAAAGUUCUUGAGGCAACCCCAUUUCAUUGUGUGGGACAAUAGUGACCUUGUCACUCAUGAAGUUAUGGGAGGAUUGAAGAAUGUCUAUGCCAUCGGUGCUGGAAUGGUAGCAGCUCUAACAAAUGAAAGUGCCACCAGCAAAUCUGUAUAUUUUGCACAUUGUACAUCAGAGAUGAUAUUUAUCACCCAUUUGUUGGCUGAAGAACCUGAGAAGCUUGCUGGGCCUCUAUUGGCUGAUACUUACGUAACCCUUUUGAAAGGUCGUAACGCAUGGUAUGGUCAAAUGAUUGCCAAGGGGGAACUGAGCCUCGACAUGGGUGAUAGCAUUAGCGGGAAGGGGAUGAUCCAGGGAGUAUCUGCAGUAGGAGCCUUUUACGAACUUCUGAGUCAACCAAGUUUAAGUGUACCGCAUCCUGAGGAAAACAAGGCUGUUGCUCCUGUUGAGCUAUGUCCCAUCCUGAAGACUCUUUAUAAAAUAUUGAUAAAGAGGGAACAGAAACCACAAGCAAUUCUUCAAGCAUUGAGGGAUGAAACCUUGAAUGAUCCCAGGGACCGCAUUGAGAUUGCACAAACCCAUGCUUUUUAUAGGCCUUCCCUUCUCAGGCAGCCAUAAAUUCUCCAUCGCCAAAUAAUGGGCAAUAAAGGACUUAAUACCUAUGUAGAUUCACUUUUUGGAAGAAUCAAGAACUGUAUUUUGAAGCUAAACAGGGAUAUACUGCCUUUGUAAUGGAUACUUUAUCGUCAUAAUAUAUCGAAAAGUCAGUUAAUUGAUUCUAAAAA